AUGGAGCAAAAGAUUGUUAUAAAGGUAUCAUGCAAUAACAAAUGCAGAAGGGGUUACUUGUGGAGUUGUGGUAAAUGCAAAAGCAAGAUCCUCAAAGUUGCGGCGGUUGAACCGGGUGUGAGUUCAUUAGGGUUAGAAGGGGCAGAGAAAGAUGAAUUGGUGGUCAUUGGAAAUGGGGUGGAUCCAGUUUGUUUGGCCAAGGCUUUGAGAAAGAAAUUCAACGUUGCACAAAUCAUAAAGGUUGAAGAAAUUAAGGAAGACAAAAAAGAAGGAAAAGAAGAUUCGUCGCCGUCGCCGUCGCGGCCGCCGCCGUGGUCUUAUGCUCCCGGCUACUACUGUCCACCGUAUCCCCAGAGCGUAGUUUAUGAAAACCCAUAUGGAACAAGGACGAACAUUCCAGAUGCAAAGUCGAAACUACUUGUCGUCUUGCACAGGCACACUGCGCACCCAAUUUCGAUGACUACUAUUCUUACCGAUCCGAUCCUUUCAUCAUGGCCAUCUGGAAAUGUCACUUUAUCUUAUCUUUUCAGGAAAUUUUCUGUGGAUUGGAUUAUUCGGACUGCUUCUUGUGUCACGUUGUCUGCGAAAAUAAGGGACAAGAAGGUUCCCAUUACGUCUUUCGUUAUUCGAAUCAUUGACUCUGCCAAAGAUCGCAAGGUCUUGGCUAAAUUAGAGGUAAAAGAUAAAUUGCUUAAAAAAGGAGGAAGAUUUGACUGGAGAGUUGGGUCACUUCCAGCGAGAUUCAUUAUUGACCUUGAGUUCCUCGAUUUGAAAGCUUCAUCUCCAAAUGGAAAAGAUGUUUGUUCCAUUUGGCCUACCAAAAUCAUGAAUCAUCAGAAACCAAAUUCUGGAGUUCUUGAAUCUGUUGGUCGAAUGCUGACAGAAAAAAUCCAUACUGACGUAACAAUAAAUGCUUCAGAUGGAAGCAUUGGAGCUCACCGCGCAGUUCUUGCUGCUCGAUCACCUGUUUUUCAUGGCAUGUUCAAACACAAUCUAAAAGAGAAAGAUGAUUCCACCAUAAACAUCUCAGACAUGUCAAUAGAAUCUUGUCAAGCAUUCAUAAACUAUCUUUAUGGUGUCAUUGAAGAUGAAGAAUUUUUCAAGCAUAGAUUGGAGCUUCUUCAUGCCGCAGACAAAUAUGACAUUUGUGAUUUAAGAGAUGUAUGCAGUGAGAGCCUUGCAGAGGAUAUGGAUUCAAGCAAUGUUCUUGAGAGGCUUCAGGAUUCAUAUCUGUAUCAAUUGCCAAAGCUGAAGCAUCAUUGCAUGCAAUAUCUUGUCAAGUUUGGAAGGAUAUUUGACAUUAAAGAUGAUUUCGAUGCAUUCUUGCAAACUGUAGAUAAGGAUUUGGUUAUUCAACUCCUUGGUGAAGUUCUUAAUGUCUGGAAAGGCUCUUAAUUUUUUUUCCUCCUCAAAUAAGCAUAGAGAAAUAGCUUGUUUUGAUUACUUAAAAGAUUUGUUCCCAUUUGAUGGAUGCAGUUCUAUUACUUGAAUGAAUUUUUUUUUUGUUUACAGUA